AAGUCAAACAAACGAUUUUUAUUUGACGCCAGACUCGGGGUUUUGGGAUAGGAUGAGAAAGGUAUGUAGACUCUUCGUAAAAGUAGCAAGGACGCUCCAAUCGGGUGGCACAUGAUCCGCGACAUCUCAUCUAUGAAAGUCUCGCGACCGAAGCCGAUGAUUGUGGUUUGCGAUCCAAAUGACCUCCGAAAUGAAGCAACUGCCUUCAAUUCGGAACCAGAGUUUUAGCCAUGAAUGACGAAAGUAUCAUCUCCGUCGCCAGGUGAGAAAGUGAAGGAAAACUUCUUCGCAGGCCAGGAAGCAUUCAAGCCAGGUGAUCUGACCAUGAUUUAACCUAUGACCGUAAUGACGACCGCAUGACGUCGGACCUGCCUCCUGGAGCACAUGGUAAAGAGAUAAGGCACGAGGCGAAGGUGACUUGCCGCAUGGCAGGUCACAGAACCCCCUGGACGCCAUUAACAAGCAUGAUGAGCGAUUAUCAAUUGCAAGUCCAGGCCAAGACAGCGGCAAAAAGAGAUACAGGCCAUUCCGGACAUAAUCGGGGGUAA